AUGGAGACCUUCUCUCUGCUGCUACUCAGCCUGGGGUUGGUUCUUGCAGGAGCUUCAGAAAGCAUAAUGAAGAUAAUUAAAGAAGAGUUUUCAGAGGAAGAGAUGCAAUAUGACAUGGCAAAAAGCGACCAAGGAAAACAGACUAUUGAGGUACUAGUGAACUGGACUCUGUUAUAUAAAAAUACCAGCCUCAGCAUGUCCAAGGAUAUUAUGUCUUCCUCCUUACUGACAUUCAGAAGAUUACAUUAUAGCUUUCCCAAGGGAAAUGGCCCAGGUAAUGACAAAGACUAUUGCAAUGACAUGGUGGUCUGGAGAAAAGUUUCAGAAGCUAAUGGGUCAUGCAAGUUGAGCAAUAACUUCAUCCAUGGCUCCAUGGAAGUGAUCCACAGGGCUCCCAAAGCCCCCAGCUGCAAAUGUGGACAGAAUCCUGGCAUAAGCGGCUCUGAGAGCCCAGAAGCGGAGACGACUAUGUGUCAGCUCACUACAGGCAAACAAUUCCCCAGGUGUCAAUACCACAGUGUUACCUCGUUAAAGAAAAUAUUGGCAGUACUGACAGGUCAUUCUCUGAUGAGCUGGUUAGUUAGUGGCUCUAAGUUGUAA